AUGCAGCCCAAAGCUGCGGGAGUGCGUGCGUCUGCAAGGAGACAGCAGCAGCAGCAGCAGCAACCACAGCAGCAGCAGCAGCAGCAGCAACAGCAGCAGCAGCAACAGCAGCAGCAGCAACAGCAGCAGCAGCAACGCACCUUAGGGCUGAUGCAGCGAUACCAAAGGCCUCCAGUAAUGUCCGGCUGCAGCAGCAGCAGCAGCAGCAGCAACCACAGCAGCAGCAGCAGCAGCAGCAGCAGCAACCACAGCAGCAGCAGCAGCAGAUUAUUACAACGUAGGGAUAAGGGAGGGGACAACUAUUAG